UUUCUAAUCCCAUUUUUUUGUCAUUUUUACGUUUAAACCCCCCUUCUCUACUUACGUUUCUACCAACUACACUUAUACUCUUCUAUCUAUCACAAAACUUAUUCCCCUAAUUCAUUCAUCUCACUCAUCAUAUUCACUUUUUUUAAAAAAACUUGAUUAUACUGCUACCGAAUAUUCUUUAUUUUGCGAAUGGCAAAUAAUAUAAUGAUUACGUUUGUCCCCUUAAAAAGAUUUUAAAGAAUUUUCAUAACUUAAUCCUUUUAUGUAUUUUCUCUCUAAUUUUUAGUUCUUUAAGAUGUGUAUUAAACUUUGAACUCUUUAUCUUUAUUAAAUAUUUAGAAACUGUACAAAUACUCCUUCACAUUUUUUCUUUACUUAAUUUUAUCUCUCUAAUUUUAUCUUAAAAUUGCGCAAUAUUUUUUUCCGGAAAGUAUAUUUUAUUUUUAUUUCUAUGUAUAAGUUCCGGAAUAUUUUUUAUAUUAAUCUCUAGUUGUAUCUCUGAAUUUUGCAGUCUUUUUUCCGGAAAGUUUAUAUUCUGCAUGUUUUUCCGGAAAGUAUAUUUUGUUAUUUUCUUUUUUCUUUAGGUUCCUUUUUUCUUUAGGUUCUUCCAGAAGUAUAUUCUCUAUUUAUGUAUAUUUUUGUAGAUUCCGGAAUAUUUCUAUAUUAAUCUCUAAUUGUAUCUCAGAAUUGUACAAUGUUUUCCGGGAACAUUAUAUUCCAUUUAUAAGCUCUGGAAAACUUUAUUUCCUUUAUAUAAAUUUGCCAAAAUUAAACUUAUUAAAUAAUUUUUUAAAUUUUCUUUUUUAAGGUUCUUCAUCCAAAAAAGCCUUCAAAAAAUCAAAAUUGUCUUUCAUUGAAAUAUUUUUCUACUUAAAAAAUAUUAUUUUUCUUCUUGCUUUCUACGGGCUUUAAGCCAAUUUAAUUUAUUAAAAAUAUGGCGCCAGAUAUGUUCCCGGUGCGUGUACUUGUUGAAACUGUUCGAUCACAACAUUGUAUUGGAUGUGCUCAUGAUGGAAAUCCUUUGGUUGACACAUUUGCAGUAGUUGGUGGACAAACAAUGCUUUCUCAAUUAGUUGAAACGGUGCUAGCUGCUUUGGGAUUACCUCAAUUAAUACAGGAUUCGAAAGGUCUCAUACAAAUUAACGGUUGGAAGCCUAUAUCUUUUGAGGCGAUAACAGAUAAUCCUGAAGAGUUGGUAUCAAAUUUAUUUCGUGAAAUUUCAACACAUAUGACACUUAAAAUAUUGGCUAAACAUUCACAAUCCGAAUCGAAUGGUCAGUGCCUUACAGAAUUAAAACAGAGACUUCUCAAAACUGCUAUAGAACAGCAACCACGUAUUUUGACCACAUCAAAUGGACAGGAAGUUAAGGAAAUUCUUCAAAACGUCAUACAAAACGACCAACAAUGUUCUGCUUGGUCUAACCGUGAACAAAUGCAAGCAGUUAAUGAAUGGCUAGAACAGAUGGCUACACAACAAGACGAAAAUAAUAAAAAGAGUUCAAAUUAUGGAACUCGUUUUAGUCCAUUGAGUGAAAUGCCUCGUUUGGAACGUUGGUUUCGCUCAGAUUCAAAUCCUUCAAGACAAAAAUUAAUUAAUUAUAUGAAUAUUUUAAAUUCUUCCCAAUAUCGCCGUGCAAACAAUAAAGUAACUUAUCAACAAAUUUGUAAUUGGUUUGCGAAUCAAAGGAGAACAAUGCAACGUUUAGCAGCACAACAACAACAAGCUCAAGCAGUACAAGCAACACAACAAUCACAAUUGCAGCAACAACAAAGACAAUCGUGUUCUUCAAAUUCGUCUUCGUCUGGAACUGCUGUAAAUGGAAUUGUUGGUAAUGGAGGAAGUGGACCUUUAGCUAUAUUACCUUUAAAUGCUACUGGUGUUGUGAAUAAUAAUAAUAUUGCUGCUGUUGAAAAUCAAGUCCAAGAACAAUCACAACAAAACCAGUCUUGUUCUUCCGCUUCUUCUCCAGGAGUUGUUGUAAAUGUUGGAAGUAAUGGUGGAGGAAUUCAUUCAAUGAAUAAUCAACCUUUGACUACUUUAAUGACUUCAAAUGCUGUUUCUAAUGUUGGAAGUGGGGGAGGAGGAGGAAAUAUUGAAAAUCAGACUUCACUUAAUCAUCAACAUCAUCAAAAUUUAACAAAUAACAAUUCCAACACCAAUUUAUUUUAUUCAUUAGCCUCAGCAUUAGCAACAGGUAAUAUGGAUACAGCAAUUCAUUUACAACAAAAAAUGGCUUCACUUUUUGCUUCUGGAUUAAAUAAUUCAAAUAAUUGUGAAGGAAAAUCUGUGGAAAAUGACGAGAAUAAUGUACAUAUUCCUUUAGCAAAUGGCCCUCCAAUUGUGGAUAUUCGUUCAAAAUUUGUUGAUAAUAAUGGAAAUAAUUCUAUGGAUUUUUCUCACCAACAAUCUUGUUCUUCUACAAAUGAUUCUAAUAAUAACAACAAUUUUUCUUCUGCUUAUUCAUUAUCUGCGGCAAACAACAUGGCUAAUAAUAAUACAGCAACAGCUUUAAUUAAUAAUGUUGGUUCUUCACCUUCAUAUUCUUCUAUUUCACCAAUAAAAUUAGAAUCUGGAUUACUCAAUUUUAAAUUAGAAAAUGAAUUUUCUUCUCCACCCCCACAACAACAAAAUAUUGACGGACAAAACAAUGUUGGGGCAAAUGGUGGGAAUGGUAAUUCUGCUAAUCAAUCAAGAUCGAGAUUAAUGUUUGAUCCGUUGAGUGAAUUGCCAAUUCUUGAACGCUGGUUUGAUGAUAAUCCACAUCCAGGAUGGUUACAAAUUGAACAGUACACUGACUAUUUAAAUUCAAUGACUUAUCGACAAAAUUAUCCACCAGUUUCUACACAUAAUGUAAAAAUUUGGUUUAAAAAUAGACGUGCUAAAACUAAAAGGUUUUUCUUAAAAAAAAAUUUUUUUUAAUUGGAUAGCAAUUCGAUAUCCUUUUGGGAUUUUUUGUGGUAGAGUCUUCGGGUCGGGGUUUCUUGCCAAAGAAAAAUCGUCGGGGUUUCGUGAGCCG